GGGAGAGCUUUUAAAAACGUCAAGGUGGAAAUUUUUCUAUCUUCUCGGUCGGGUGGUUGGAAAGAAGAGAGAGAGAGAAUUCGAGUUGCAUUCAUGAUUGACGAGAGGAUUCGUUGCGAGCGAAUUAUGGAGUGGAGAGGACAACGUGGUGAGGGGAUCUCGAUUCGCUCGUCGACAUUGAACGCGUUGAUUGAUCGCGAGAUGAACGCCAAGAGGAAGCCGCGAUUGAACGAUCAAACGGAGGAAUCCUUGGUGGACGGGAUGCCAAGCUUUUAGCAGAAACGAGGUUGAAACCACGCGCGCGAAAUCGACGACAUCGAACCGUGUAUAUAAAUAUUCUUGAAUCUUGACCAAAAAGAAAAAAAGAAAAGAGAAAGGGAGAAGCACGCGAAGAAUACAAAUAUAUAAAACUGAGGAUAAAUUGAACGAGGAUUUUUUUCGAAGAAGCUCCACUGGGGUGGGGACGAACAAUGUCGUUUUGCAGGAUAACAGGGAGAAGCAGGGGACUCCCCAAACCGAACUACUUUCCCCUGUUGCCGCCUAUCAGCCCGGCUGACGCGAAACGUUUCUGCCGUAUAACAGGCAAAUCUUACGGUCUGCCCACUCAUCAUUACAUUCCAGUUCUGUUGGGCGUUCACGCCCACGACAAGUCGAGAUGCAGGAUAACGAACGCCUCCGGUUUGGGGCCCCAUCGCUACACGGCCGGCUACGUUCUAGGCGAGAAGAAGAGGCACGUGGUCCUCAAGGAUUAUCGCUACGUGUUCCCGGUGUUGGAAGGGGAGGGGGAGCAGCAGAGAGCUCUGAGAGAUUUGUUGAACACUAAACACCCCCCGCACGACGAGGAGCAAUCCAAGUUCGUGUACACGGUGGAGGAGAGGAGGUGCAGCCUCGUGUUCCCGUCGAGGUUGGAGGCCGCGGUGAGGGACGGGGACGUGAAGGACGUGAUGCUGUCCAGGGACUGCGACACAGUUCUGUUCAGGUUGAAGCAAGGGAAGAACGUUUCCGUUGAUUUCAAGGAUCUGAAGGAUUUCGAGAAUCUUUACGACGGAUUGGGCCCGAGUCAGGAGGCGGUGAAGGAGAGGGAGAGGGCGGAGGCCGAGGCCAGGAAGAUACGGAAGAGGAAACGGCAGGGUGGGUUGAGCCACGCGAGAAAGAUCUUCGAGGAGAAGGAGAAGGCCGCGGAGGAGGAGGAGGAGGAGGAGGAGAUGAGACGGGCGAAGCAGUUGAAACUUCGCACCGCGAGGGAAGAGGCGAAGGAGGAGGCGAGGGAGGAGACGUGGAGGCACGUGAAUCUGGAACAGGCGAGGAGCAGGGCGUGCGACUUCAUAUCUGUGGCGAGCCCCUUGAACGGAGCCGAGAGAUCCCUCCCGGAAACGUUGGACUGGAACACGUUCCGGGACAAGUCCGAGCCGCUCGUGCGGCCGAUCGUCGACAAAUUGCCCGACCCCGUCCAGGUGAAGCCGCGAAUCGUGGCGUGCGGAGCAACGGCUUCGUGCACCAGCCCCGUCUCGGAGAGCACGGGCGGAUUCGAGGCUAUAUCGAUCGUGAAACCGCUCGCUCCGUUGAGAAUAGAGCCCGACGCUGCCCUCCAGUCGGCCAUACGCGACAUUCCCGCCAACGAUUUGACGGAGGUGGCCGAGGUGAACGCGAAACUCGCGAAAGCUGGGGAGAGGGCGUUGGAACGAUUGCCCAGAGCUGAGGAGAUACCAGAGGUGGUGGAGAGACUGGGGAAGGUGGGUAAGGUGGCGACGAUGCACAAGAUCAAAGGUUUGAAAUUGGAUAUAAAAUCGGCGCAGAGAUUUAUCACGGGGCAGACAGUUGAGACGCCGAACGGGCCUGUUUUCGUGCCCGGCCAAACGUUGCAAACACCUCGGGGCCCUGCGUUCGUCCCCGGCCUGACCGUGAACACUGCCGAGGGGCCGAUUCUCGUCCCUGGACAGAUAUUGAACUCGAAGGAGGACGAUGGAACGGAGACACCUGUGUUCGUAGCUGGGCAAACGUUGGCCACGGAGCUGGGUCGUAGAUUCGUUCAGGGUCAAACGUUCCACACGAGCGAGGGAGGGGUGAGAUUCGUUCAAGGCCAGACCGUGUUGACCGAGGAUGGGCCGAAGUUCGUGGCCGGCCAAGUGGCCGACGACGGGACCUUCGUUCCCGGCCAAACGAUACACACCCCAGACGGGCCCAGAUUCAUGCCCGGCCAAACCAUAACCGAUCAUCGAGGGGAGCAUGUGUUCGUCCCCGGCCAAAGCGUGAAGACCGGGGAGACGUGGGACUUCGUCCCUGGACAAACGAUCGAGACUUGCACGGGGGAGGCGAGGUUCGUCCCUGGCCAGACGAUACCAACGUGUCAGGGGCCGCAAUUCGUGCCCGGACAAUACGUGACCUCCGACUCAGGGGAAAGUUACUUCAUGCCCGGUGUGAUCAGGGAGGGCGAAGGGGGAAGGUCGGUGUUCGUUCCAGGCAUGACGUUGGACACCCCGAAAGGUCAGAAGUUCGUGGAGGGUCAAGUGGUCAGGACACCGGUCGGGGAAAAAUUUCUUCCAGGUAAAACGAGGAUAACGGAGGACGGUAUCGAGUUCGCGGCGGCGACCACGUUCGACGAGGUCGUGUUCUACGACGCUGGCCCGACCGGGAUGCCCGUCGAUCCGAAAACCGUGAACGUUACGAUCCAACAGAGCGAGAUUUUCGGCCACAUGGUGCAGACAGAGAGAGGGGUGGAGUUUUACCCCGAGGCCGAGAAGAAACGGUUGCCGGAAGGGAAGAGGAUCGUUCCCGGCCAAUUGGUGAGAGGAGGGAAGGACGGUCCUCGAUUCGUGCCAGGCGUGAUGACGGACGAGGGUUUCCUACCCGGUCAAAUAGUGAUGACGGAGACGGGUGAACAGUUCGUGCCUGGCCAGGUGAUCGACACGAGGACGGGGCCGAAAUUCGUGCCCGGCCAGAUGGUCGAGACGAGGACGGGGGCGAAAUUCGUGCCGGGCCAAACCGUGGAGACGGGCGACGGGCCGCGCUUCGUACCCGGCCAGAUCGUCGAGACGAAAGCCGGGCCCACUUUCAUCCCCGGCCAGGUGAUCUCCACGGACGACGAGGGGUCUAGAUUCGUGCCUGGCCAAGUGGUGGACACUCCGGAGGGACCCAGGUUCGUGCCGGGCCGAGUGGUCGAGUCUGGGGAGCAGGGGGUGACCUUUGUGCCCGGUCAGAUAGUCCAGACCGAGGAGGGGCCCCGUUUCGUGGCCCCAGACCUGACCGACACCCCCGAAGGUGAGGUGGAAUUCUCCGUCCAGGGAUUCGAGGUCACCCCCGAAGAGUUGCGACUGUUAAGGCCACGGUAUCUGAAUUACAAUGCGGACGUGCAGCAUCAUGGGGAGAGUAGCAUAGACGCCAGGAUGCUGAGACAAUUGUCCGAGGCUGGUCUGUCCGUGGGAAGAAAAGUGAUCGCCGAUCUGCCCGCCGUUGACGUGGACGUGGAUCCAAAGGCGGUGGCUCUGGAGCAGGCUCUCGUUAUGGCGGAGAAACUCGGUUUGCACGGUGUCACAGCCGUGAAAAUGGCGCAGAUAGCGUCGACGGUGGCCCAAUUGGCGAGAAACAUCGUGGUUCAGCAGGAACAACGGUCGGGGGAGAAUCGCGUGGAGUCGAGGUUGGCCAACGGUGGCGAAUCUUCCCCGUGUGGGAAUAAGGCGAGGGACGGGGAGAGGGAGGGGAGCAGGGACGAUGAAAACACGGAAUGGUUGAAAGACACGGUGAGGGUAGCGUUGGCCAGCGCCAUUUUGGCGAUUGUCAAUCGACCGGAGGAAAAUGGGGACGAUGCGAAGCGAAAAGAUCUCGUUUACUCGUCCAUCGGUGAGGCUUUCAACGUCCUUCUGCGACAGAGGAGCGGCAACAGCAUCGAGGAGUCGGUGGAAGAGAUACUGCGGAUACUUCUCGUCCCCCAAAAUCGGAGCGAUCUGUGUCGAUCCGCCCUUCUAGACUUGAUAGACAACAAGAACAACAACAAAGUGGAUAUCCUGAGAUCCACUUUGAUCAGCCAACCUUUGAGAGAAGACGUAGUUCUCGACAGAUUGUCCAUGGUCCUCGAAGAGGAAUACGGGAAGGAUUUGAUCGGGCCCGCUUUCAGGACAGUGUCGAGAAACGACCCGGAACUGGUUUCUCGAGUGCUUCGAAAGGUAUCGGAGGAAGUGUCGAGCAUCGUUACGGAGAGGGAAGCAGCGGAGACCGUUCACAAGGCGAUCGUGCACGCGGUCAGGGAAUCGAGCGAGAUCCACGUUCAAGAAUUGUUAAACGACAAGAACGAGGGAGAAAACGUUCGAGAGAUGCUUCUUCAGGCAGUUGGGUUGGCAAGGGCUCUCGGUAUGUCCAGCAUCGCGAGCAGCUUGUUGGCGGUGAUCAGCGACGAGAAAUCGACUCGAGCGUUGGCCAGCGACAAGGUGACGUUGGACGUUCUGAAACGGUUGACCGUGAUGAGGAAAUUAGCCGAGGAGAGGCCACCCUUCAUGAACGCCCUCACUCAAUUGUGCAGCGAUCCGGAAUUGGCCAGGACCGAUCCACGAUUGAGAACUCUGGUCAGAGAGAGCGCAGCCCUGAUGAUAGUCCCCGAAGAAGGCCCCCUUCAAUCGUCCGCCGACGUACCCUCGGUUCUCCUUCGCUCCGACAACAGCCUAGCCAUGGAGGAGUUCCUCUUGAGGAGGAAUCACAAACCGUCCGCCAUCUUUAUGAUACUGAAGCAAGGUCUUCAGGCCGUGGUCCCCAGGGAAGCCUCGAGAUCGGUUCUAACCGGCGAGGUAGCGUACACCGUCCUCGACGAGGAUGGAAUUCAUCAUUUCGAGCCGCUCCACGUCUUCUCCGCGCUCCAACUCGCUCGACCUACCGCGCAUCGGUUUUCCAUGUACUGUUGCCCCGUCGCGAGAGAAGAGGAGGUGGACGCCGAAAUGUCCACGUUCACUGGCACCAUCUCGAUGGCCAGUAGCCUCGAUGGAUUUGCCGCUUACACGAAACAGGAUUGUAACGGUGUCGUGUUGUCGAGGUCCGACAGAUCUUUCGGGUACUCUGGCAGCAGAGAGAAUACACCGAGUCUGAGGAGAUUGACCAACUUCCAAGACCAUAGCUUCGAGCGGAAAUCGUUGGACAAUUAUAUCGUGGUGAAAGACUACAAGAACGAGACAGAUGGAUUCUCCGUGAGCAUCGGCGAUAUAGUCGAGGCGCUUGAAUAUGCCGAUCCAGCCAAGAAGAUCAAAUUGGAUCCUGAUCUGGAGAUCGGUGACGUUGGAGAAGUAUUGGACAAUUCAGCCGCUUGGCACAAGUUGUCGGUACGACCGCGUCGAAAGCAUGCAGAUCCCCGUGCUAGAAAUGUCUCGAGGUCUCCCUCGGACACCAAUUUCCAGAGGGUGUACGUUCGUACAGUCGACUCAAGGGAAGGAUGGCUGCCCAUGUCGAUCUUGAUGCAAACCGCCCUCAGCGAGGAGUCAGCGCUUGGACACCGACCGGAGGACUCGCAAUAUCGAAGAGAGGCGGUAGUGAAAGAACUGGUCGAGACCGAGGAAGAAUUUGGCAGAGACCUUCAACAGGUAGUUGAACGUUACUUAAAACCACUCGACAAUCCGGAUGUUCCACGAAUCGUGAGGGACAACAAGGACAUCAUCUUCACGAAUCUGAAGCAGAUCGCCGAUUUCCACAAUACAUCGUUCGGCAGGGUGUUGAUCGAGGGUGUUAAGUACUACGCGGAUCAACCACGAAUGCUUGGAAAAACUUUUCUGCGAUUGGAAAGAGACUUCGACAAACACGUGGCCUAUUGCAGAGACGAACCGGCGGCCCAGGAGUUCCUCCAGAUGAACGACGCGGUACGAGAAUACUUUGAGGAACUGAGCCAGACUCUUCGUGACGACAAAAGCCUAUCGGAACACUUGAAGCUUCCGAUACAACGCAUAAACGACUACCAGCUCCUGCUCAAGGAGCUGGUGAAGUAUUCGACCCGACUAGGCGAAAACUGCGACGACCUCCAAAAGGCUUUGGAGUUGAUGCUAGGUAUACCCCAUAGAGCGACGGAUAAUAAAUUCAUAAGUAAUAUCGAAGGGUAUAAAGGAAAUAUCCACAAGCUUGGCAGAUUGCUCACGCACGAGUGGUAUACCGUGAUUGACAAGGACGGUAAAAGCAAGGAAAGAUAUCUGUUCCUCUUCAAAGCUCGCAUACUUGUCUGUAAAGUCAGACGGAUAUCGGAAGACAGAUCUGUCUUCGUCCUAAAAGACAUUAUUCGACUGCCAGAGGUGGAGGUGAAAGACCAUCCGGGAGACAUACGCUCUUUCGAACUACACAAUCCAGCUAGCCCCGCUUAUCCGAUCACUCUAGUAGCUCAUAAAGAUCCCGUGAAGGCCUAUUGGCUUAGAGAGAUUCGACAGUACGCGAGCGACGUGGUAGCUUUAGCCGAGCACGCCGCGGACGACUUACAAUUGACGGAAGUACCAGAAACCAAGGAAGAAAAAGUUAACCCUCAAAAGGUAGCCGCGAAUCCAGGAAAUCCGGGGCAGAAAGAGAAUCCAGGGGAAGAGAAAGCUCGUGGUAAUCCGGAAGAAAAGACGGCGGAGAAGAGGAAGGACAAUCCGGGUCAUAAUCCAGAGUCCAAACAAGCGAAGGUUGAAGAAGAAGGUGCAGACAUGUCGCGAAGAUAUUCCGCCAGUCGAUUCAGCAGCUCUUCGAAAGUUGUCGAAGAAUAUUCUUCAGUGUCCAGCAGCCAGAUUGGCACGUCUACCUACAUGGAGUCGUCGAGCAGCGCGGUGAAGAUGGAAGCAAGUUCUUACCAAGCUGGAAAUUCGAUAGAAACCAGGACGAGCACAGCAAAGAUCGAGGGUGGUGGUGGAAUAGGGAAACCAGUGUUCGUCAAGACUCUCGUGGGAUCCAGCGUUGAACCGAUACCAGAAAAUAACGUGGAAUUGAUACACGCCGUAGCUGGAGAAAUGGCUGUGUUCGAGUGUACACUAUUGUACACCGAUUCAACAACAAGAGUGCAAUGGUUAAAGGACAAUAAACCGUUGGAAGACAGAUUGGCAGAUCGUCUAACAGCCUCUGCGACCGGGAAAACGUUCAGACUUACGCUUCAGAACGUGCUCGAAUCGGAUUCUGGCAUCUACAUCGCUAGAGCAAUGAACAGCGAGGGCCAAUCUACUUGCACUGCUCAACUCAUUGUGCAACAACUUACUCCUGAGGAGAAGAAAGCAAGAGCGGAAGCCAACGCGCCAAUCUUCUUGGUACGCUUGAAGGACACAGAACUCAUGGAGAACACUUAUCUACGUUUCAUGGUGAAAGUGAAAGGAGAUCCUAAUCCUGAGAUGAAAUUCUACAAAGACAACGUUUUGAUCGAUUCGAACCAUCCACGAGUGAAGAUCGUCACGGAGCAAGGUGACAAAGGCUUCUACGAAUUGAUAUUGGAGGACGUACAAAAGCAAGACGCUGGAAAAUAUUCGUGCACCGCGAAAAAUAAAUUUGGAGAAGCUUCUUGCGAGGCAUCCGUGACGGUGUCAGAUGAGAAAAUGUUAUACCUUCCUGAAGACUUCCUCGAACCGGGGAUGGAGCCUCGAUUCACUUGGCUGCGCGAUGGAAAACCAUUCGAUCCUGAAGAACGUUUCAAAGUAUUGUUCAAGGAUAACGAGGAUACCCUAGCUCUGGUGUUCCAACACGUCAAACCUGAGGAUGCCGGUCUCUAUACUUGUGUCGCCCAAACGAGUACAGGUAACAUCAGCUGCAGCGCUGAACUGACAGUUCAGGGAGCAGUGAAUCAACUGUUGAAAGAUCCAGAGAGGCCGAAAUUGUGUUCAGAAGCAAAGCAUUCGGAGGUGAGCGCGGGUGGAUCAGCCAUGUUGGAACUGCAAAUCAGGGGUUAUCCAAAACCGGAUAUCAAGUGGACGAAAGACGGGCAGGAGAUAGUGGCUGGUGGAAAGUACAAGUAUCUGUGGGAGGACGAGGAGUCCAUGUCAUUGGUGAUAAAGAACGUAACCGCCAAGGAUGCAGGCGUUUACACAAUCAAAGCGAAGAACGAGUUGGGCGAGGAUACGACGCAGAUCGAAUUGAUCGUGAAAUCAGCUCCGAAGAUCACGAAGAAACAAACCGACACGACUUGUAUAAUCAACGAAACGUUGACGAUGACUGUGGAGAUAGAAGCCACCCCCGCGCCGGAAGUUAAAUGGUACAAGGACGGGCAAGAAAUCAAGGAAAAUGAUCGAAUAAGCAUCGAGAAGGAGGGGAACGAAACUUACAAACUGACAAUAAAGAACGCUCGGCUGGACGACACUGGUUCUUACUCGAUCGUUGCGCGAAACGAAGUAAAUCAAACGACAGAAAUAUGGAAAUUGAAAGUGUUGAGCCCACCCAAGAUCAAAAAGGGAUUGGGCGAGCCGAUUAUAAUAGAUCAAGGUGGUAAUCUCGUGUUGAUGGUAGAGGUAGAUUCCGUGAUGCCGCCUAGCAUCAAAUGGUACAGGGAUGGAGAAGCGGUCGUCGAGGAUAAUCAUAUAAAGAUGACGAAAGAGGGUAAUAGGUUCGUUCUAAGGAUCGUUAAUACGGUGAGCGAGGAUGCGGGAUUUUACAAAGCGGAAAUCAGCUCCGAUCACGGAGUCGUCACCGAUGAAACCAGAAUUCGGGUGAAAGGUAUCCCGCGAUUCAAAACGAAGAUGUACGACGUCACGGUGAACGAAGGAACGAAAGACAUCGAGUUCAAGGUAGAGAUCGAUGGGUGUCCUCAACCGAGCAUUCACUGGUACAUAGACGACGUAGAGAUCACGGAGAAGCGAAAAGAAUUUGUUCGAAAGGAGGAAGAGGAGUCUUGCACGUUGAUCAUUUCCGAAGCUAAGACCGAGUUGAAAGGGAAGUACACGUGCAAGUUGAAGAACGAAUUCGGCGAGGUGAAGAGCAGUUCCACGUUGGUCGUGAACAGCAGGCCGAGAUUAUUGAAAAAGUUGGCCGACCAAAGGAUAAAAGAGGGCGACACGUUGAAAUUGAUCUUCGAGGUAGCCGGUACCCCGGAUCCUCAAGUGAAGUGGUACAAGGACGGGCAGGAAGUAUCGGCGGACGCGAGGAUAAAAAUAACUAGGGACAGCAAACGUCAAGAGAACUACGACCUUACCGUGACUCUGGUUAAAGGUUCAGACGCGGGUAUCUACGAGGUUCGGGCGGAGAACGAGCUGGGCUUCGUCACCAGCAAGAGCAAAGUGUUAAUAAUGACGAAAACGGAAGAAAGCGUGGAGGAAAAGAUGGAGAUGACGAAGGAGACCAUCGAGAAGAUCAGUAUCGAUGAAGAGGAAACGAAUUUGCAGAAAAUCGAGGAGAAGGAGAUCGAAACGAAGAAGGAAUACGCGGAGGAAUCCGGACCGGAAGGUCGAGUGAGACUGGAGAAACAAAACGUCCAAGUAAUGCGUGGCCAGGGUGACACGAUCACGAUCUCCGUGGCCUCAACGACGACCCACGAAGCUAUACUCUCAGGUCCCGACGAGAGCCACACGAUCAGCAAGAUGACCGCGACAAAGGUCGAGUGCCAGGAGUUGAACACGGACGGACCAGGCGUCGAGGAGAUCGCCACCUACAGCUACAGCGUCCAAGAGGAGAGCGUGCAGAAACCGCAGAACGGUGUCCUGAUCGAGGAAUUCUCGGAGGGCAGCGAACAGGAUAACAGAUCGAGGCUUCGCGCUAAUCGUGGAGUGUCGAUCGUCUCCGUAUCGGACGACGAGUCGACCCUGAAGGCGAUUUCGAGGGAUAUCAGCGCCGAGGACGUGCACCACGCUGAAUCGCCCGAGGAUCUCAAGUUCGUGAACGGAUCUUACGAGGAGUUAAACGGGUCUCUGAUCGAGGAUAAGGUAUCGGACAAACCGUACAGAGCUUCCUUGAUCACCGAGACAAUCGCCGAAGAGCGAUCUAUGGAAGAAUCGAUGAAAUCGAAUCUUCGACAAAAUGGCGAUGCUUCGAAGAGAAAGUCAUCGCGGCAGAUGUCCCCUACGAUCGAAGACGUCAAGUUGACUAAGCGAAAGAUCGAACGGGUGAAUUCGAUCUCGACGGCGGAGAAGGUUGUCGAGAUAAGCUUGGAGGAACGUCGUUCCUCCGUGCAAAAUGGUAUCUCGAGGCAGAGCUCGAGAAUAGAGAGGACGGACUCGGUUGAGUCGAGGAAGAUAUUGGGGAAAUCCGUGUCGAGGGAAACCGAGUCGAAAGCUGGCGAGGAGGAGGAGGAGGAGGAGGUCGACGAAGAGCUCGAGGCUCUUCUAGAUCGCGUCAAACGACAGCGCAGCGUUCUGGACGAUAUCCUUGAGAAGGAGCAGUCCAGGGAUAAUAUCCUUGGAAAGGGACAACCGUCCAAAACUGAUUUCCUUGAAAAGGAAUCAUCCAAAGCUGAUAUCCUUGAAAAGGAAUCACCCGAGGGAUCAGCGCCACCUCACAUCAUCAAGACGACUCUCGCCGAUAAAACGGUCUACGAAACCCAGACGAUCGUGUUCGAUGUCGAGGCAACGAGUUUGCCGAGGGCGGACGCCAAGUGGUUCAAAGAUGGGAAGCCUCUUCGAAGCGGAGAACGCGUGAGAAUCGAAAGCAGCGGGGAGCGUUUCAGAAUGGAGUUGAGUAAGAUAAUAGUCGAGGAUGAAGGCGUGUACACGUGCUCGUUCUCGAACAAACUUGGGGAAGAUAUGACCGAGGGAUAUUUGACCGUUCACACCGUGGAUGAGCUUCGAAGGCCCAAGUUCAUCGAGACUUUGCAAGACGUGGAUGUGGCCAAUGGGAAAUCUGGAAUGUUCAAGGCUAUGUUCACUGCCGAUCCUAUCCCUGACAUUACAUGGUACUUCAAGGGUAAUGAAAUCCACUCGGAAGAUAGCCGUCUGAAGAUCACCAUAAAUAACAAGCCAGGAUCGGACAAACUUACCGAAACGACAGUCACUUUGAGCGUGCCGAAAUGCUCGAAAGAUGAUACUGGAGAAUACACGCUGAAACUGAAGAACAAAUAUGGCGAAGCUGAGUCUAACGCUUUCUUGAACCUUCUACUAUGUCCCGAAAUCCAAGAAUUGAACGACGUUACCACGAACGUUGGAGAGUCACUCGCAUGGCAGGCCAUCAUCAAAGGCAACCCAAAGCCGGAUAUCACGUGGAGCAAGGAUGGCAAAGUCCUGGAAAAAGGAGAGAGAUACGAUUUCGAGGAAGAUAAGAGGAACAACAAAUUUACACUCGUCAUCAAAGAAGUGGAAAUCGACGACAAAGGAACAUAUCAAAUUGCGGCUAAGAAUUACUUAGGCGAAGCUAGCGCGCAGGCAAUCCUGACUCCAUACAGUGAGACGCCAAUCUUCUCCGAGAAUCUGCCUAAAAGACCCGUGGAAUGCAAAGAUCGCAGCGAUAUAGAGUUCAAGGUUCGUUGCAGCGGUAUUCCCAGGCCAAACUUGAAAUGGUUAAGAUGUAACCAGGAGAUAAAAGAGGAGGAUCGAUACAGAAUCGUUACUCAGGAGGACGGUAAUAACGUGGACAGCGUUUGUUCCAUAACCAAGUUCUGUCCAAACGACGUUGGAAAAAUUACGUGUCGAGCCACCAACAUUUACGGAAGCGCCCAAACCUAUUGCGAUCUUCUUAUACAAUUGGUCACGCCAUCUUUCGUCCACCUUCUGCCCAAAUCGGCCGAGGUGAACGAAGGUGGUUGCUUGGAGCUGAAGGCGAAGAUCGAUGGCAGCCCCCUGCCCGAAAUAUCUUGGUACAAGGACGGGGAAAAGAUCGUUCCCGACGAGCACACGAAGAUCGAAACAUUUCCCGACGGCACCAUCAAAUUGGCCAUCGAUUGCGUGAAACCGCUUGAUUGUGGCGCUUACAAGCUUGUGAUCAGCAAUUCUACCGGUGAACACAGCUCUUUGUGCGCAGUGGCCAUUAAACCUGAAAGGAGGAAACCAUCUUUCUCGAAACCAUUGGAGGACGUGAAGGUCGUGGUGGGACAGCCGUUGAAAUUGGAGGCCCAAGUGGUUGCCUUCCCGAAUCCAGAGGUUCAAUGGUUCAAAAACGGUAUACCGCUGCGACAGACCAAGGAGAUGUACUUCAUAAACGAGCCGAUCGGAAUGAUCGGUUUGAGGAUCGAUUCUUGCCGGCCGGAAGACGCUGGCACGUACUCGAUGACCGUUUCCAAUUCGCUCGGGGAAACAACGGGCACGGCUAAAGUCGAAGUCGAGGAGAAGGAGACACGGCCUGAAUUCGUGGUUAACCUUCAACCGUUGUCCGUGAUGGAGGGUUUCCCAGCCAAGAUGGAAGUGAAAGUUUUAGGAAAACCGACCCCGCGGCUUCAAUGGUUCAAGAAUGGCGAAGAGAUCGUACCCGACGGAAAGCGUGUAAAGGCCGUCACCAUGCCGGACGGGACUCAAGCGUUGAUCAUCGACAAAGCGACGCCGGAAGACGCGGGAGAGUACCAAGUGAUAGCUGGCAACACGGAAGGCACUUCCUCGUGCAAAGGAACGAUCAACGUGGUUGGAAAGCUUCAAUCCGACCUCUCGGAACAGAAACCGGGAUUCGUGAAUCCGAUGAGGGACGUCUACGUGGAGGAAGGUCAACCAUUGAACUUGUCCGUGUCGUUCAUCGGCAACCCUAUCCCGGACGUGAGCUGGUCCAAGGAUGGCGCCCCCCUGCAGCCAUCCGAUCGCCUUACCAUCACUUGCGACGGAAAGAAAACGGAACUGGAGAUCAAUCCUUGCGAAUCCAAGGACGUCGGGGUGUACGAGUGCCGCAUAUCGAAUCCGCUUGGCGAAGAUUCCACGAGAUCGACGGCUAACGUCAGAAGGAUCUUCCAACCGCCGAGUUUCAUACACCCGUUCAAAGAUCUUCAACAGUUGCCUACGUUCGACGCCAAGUUCCUUGCUCGAGUGUCCGGUGUUCCACGGCCGGAUAUCACGUGGUACUUCAACGAGAAACCGAUAGAACAGGAUGACGACAAGUACAAGAUCAAGCGUGACGGAGAUGCUUGCUGCCUGUACGUGAAAGAUUGCACGUACGAUGAUUCAGGAUUGUACAAGUGCAGAGCGGUGAACAAAGGUGGAGAGGCCGAGUGCGCGGCCAAUUUGACGAUAGUCGAUGAAAUCGGAAAGAUACAGAAGUUCGAGCCACCGUCCUUCUUGAAGAGGAUCGGCGACUGUGAGAUGUACAAAGGGAUGCCGGCUAAAUUCACGGCCUGCGUCACGGGCAUCCCAGAACCUAAUUUCGAAUGGUUCCACAACGGCGACAAAAUGUGGCAGACCGACAGGAUCAGGAUGGAUAAGGAGGGCAGCCUGUUGCGAUUAACUAUAAACAACGUGGACGAAUUGGACGGGGGAAAAUAUACGUUGAAGAUAUCAAAUCGUCACGGUGAAGAUUCCUGCACGGCCGACUUAAUUUACGAAACAUUGGAGCCACGCGCGAAGAAAUCUCUUGGAGACCAAUACGCGGACUUCGACAAAUAUCGUAAAUCCGGGAUUCCGUUGCCGUUGGCCGACCGUCCCAUCAUCAGCAGAAUGAUGGAUCGCCAUCUCACGCUCUCCUGGAAACCAUCCAUCCCCAUAGGGUCCCGUAUCCCGGUCACGUAUCAAAUAGAGAUGUGCGAACUUCCGGAUGGCGAUUGGUUCACCGCUCGUACAGGGAUCCGUAGCUGCGUCUGCGACAUCCGCAACCUGGAACCGUUCAGGGAUUACAAGUUCCGUAUACGUGUGGAGAACAAAUACGGGAUCAGCGAUCCGUCGCCGUACGCGCAAACGUAUCGAGCGAAAUUGGAACCUGAUCCGCCAAAAUUCUUCCCCUACCUGCCCCCAGGAAUCGAUUUCCGCCCCGAAACGAGCCCCUACUUCCCCAAGGAUUUCGACAUCGAGAGGCCGCCCCACGACAAUUACGCCCAGGCGCCAAGAUUCCUUCGCCAGGAGUACGACACCCAAUACGGGGUUAAGAAUCACAAUUGUAACCUGUUCUGGUUCGUUUAUGGCUACCCGAAGCCAAAGAUGACGUAUUACUUCAACGACCAACCGAUAGAGUCAGGUGGAAGAUACGAUCAGAGCUACACGAGGAACGGGCAAGCCACUUUGUUCAUCAACAGGAUGCUGGAAAGGGACGAGGGACUGUACGAGGCGGUCGCGAGCAACGAGCAUGGGGAGGCCAGGCAGAGAGUUUGUCUACGGAUCGCCGAGUAUCCCACGUUCAUCCACAGGCCCGAGGAGACCAUAGUGAUGAUCAGGAAAAUUGGCCAAUUGAUGGCACGUGUCACCGGCGUGCCUUAUCCGGAGAUCAAGUGGUACAAGGAUUGGAAACCUCUUACCACCUCUUCUAGGAUAAGGAUCGAGUUUAAGGAGCCGGAUACCUCGCUUCUGAUCAUCAGCGACACCAUAGUGAAGGACGAGGGGUUGUACUCGGUAAGCGCGAGGAACGUGGCUGGCUCCGUCUCCUGUUCCGUGAUGUUGCACGUGGAAGAGAACGAGCACGAGUACGGAUACAGGACGUACAGAAGGAAAUUGGAGGUCCAACCUUGUCGCGACAAAUCGUUAAACGACUUGUACGAUCUCGGUGACGAGCUCGGCCGUGGCACCCAAGGUGUUACUUAUCACGCUGUGGAAAGAAGCACCGGGAAGAAUUACGCGGCCAAAGUAAUGCACGGAAAGGGAGAUCUGAAGCCGUACAUGUACAACGAGAUAGAAGUGAUGAACAACUUGAAUCACAGGAAGUUGCUGAGAUUGCAUGACGCUUAUGAGACUGAUACGUCCAUCACGUUGGUCAUAGAACUAGCUGCUGGUGGCGAGUUGGUGGACACUUUAACAAAACAAGCUUAUUACACGGAAGCAGAAAUUGCUGGUUACGUUAAACAAUUGUUAUGGGGAUUGGAAUACAUGCAUUCGAAUCAGUAUGCUCAUCUUGGCUUGACGCUUGGAGAUCUGUUGAUCUCGCACACGGGUGGCGAUGAUCUCAAGAUCUGCGACUUCGGCCUCGCAAGAAGAAUCUCUCAUGCGAAAAUGAUGACUUUGUUAUACGGUAUGCCCGAAUACCUGGCGCCGGAAGUGACCAACAACGAAGGAAUUUCCUUUGGCGCGGAUAUGUGGUCCGUUGGCAUUAUCACGUAUAUCCUGUUAUCUGGGAUUUCACCGUUCAGAGGUAACAACGACAAGGAGACGCUGAUGAAGAUCAGGGAAGGGAAAUGGGAGUUCGACGAUCGUUGGAAAAAUAUCUCGGAGGACGCCAAAGAUUUCAUCCGUUCCCUGUUGAUGUACAACGUCGAGAGAAGAAUGGAUGUCACAGCUGCCCUCGCUCAUCCUUGGCUAACCUAUGCUGACAAAUCACCUCUUAAUUUCUAUAAGAUUCCAUCUGAGAACUUGAAAAAUUAUUAUAAACUGUAUCGGGAUUGGUAUAACAACGCUUCCUGCCGUACGUGGUUCCGUAGACGUAAAUUGAACACAGCCUUCGAACAUCCAUCCAAGAUGGUGUAUCCACCUGGUCACAAAUACACUCCCGAACCCGAGGAUAGACCGUACAGCCCAUUGAAGAAACCUGCGGCUAAACCUUGGGAGAAUCAAAUAAACGAAAGGGAACCAAUAGACACGGAAAUCGGAAUUAUUAGGAGUGAAAGCCAUUAUCAAAAUGGACCAGACACUUAUCUUCUUCAACUUCGUGACACGGACUUCCCUGUACGUUUACGCGAAUACAUGAAAGUUGCUUGCAAUCGUAGUCCUGGAUUUUCUCGUACCAUCACCGAUGAGAACUUCGAUUGGAGGACUCCUAUCAUACGAGAGCGUCGUCGUUUCACGGAUAUCAUGGACGAAGAAAUCGACGAUGAGAGGAGAGCAAGGAUCAAUAGAUACGGUUCACCGGAUAAUUUCACUCUGAGACGUUUGAAGCACGAAUUGGGAACACGAUUGGACAGUUAUGCAGAAGCAGAGGCAAUGUUGGAGUCGAAGAAGGAGGGACAUUUACCAUUUUUCCGUGAAAAACCACAGGUUAAACCUAUCGAGGAGGGCAAGCCUGCCCAAUUGGCUUGUCUAGCUGUAGGAAGUCCCAAACCAUUGAUUCAAUGGUACAAGAACGACAUGAUGGUUCAGGAGACGAAUCGAAUAAAGAUCAUCGAAGAUCAAGACGGCAGAUCUAUACUUAGUUUCAAUCCAACAAAGGAACACGAUGUGGGUAGUUACAAGGUUGUUGCGAGAAAUUCUUUAGGGCAGACUGUAGUCAGAACAAGAAUAGUAGAAGCUUUUGUUCCUUCAGGUCCUGAUUCUCCUGAGCUUGUCGAUGUCUCAGAUACUGAAAUACUUAUACGAUGGAAACAACCUAAGCACGAUGGCAAUUCUCCAGUGUUAUGCUACUAUCUGCAAUACAAAGAAGGUGACUCGAUCGAUUGGAUAGACGUAGCAUCGAAUAUCGAUCACGAAUUCUAUCUGAUAAGAAACUUGAAAGCGGAUACAACGUAUAACUUCCGUUUAGCGGCGCGAAAUCGUAUCGGUUGGAGCGAGAAAGGUAUCCCAUCGAAACUGAUCAAAACUAGAUUACCGGGUUGUCCAAAGGUUCAAAUCACUCAAGCUAUGAAGCAUCUUCAAGAAUUGACCGAAUCGGGUCAAGAAAUAGUGUUGGACGAGGACAAACCACACAUGGAUUAUUCGGUCGAGGAACAUCCUAUCGAAUGGUCGACCGAUACGAAUUUCUCGAGCAAAUAUAGCUUCAUCUCCGAGAUUUACAGAGGCCAGUUCUCAGUUGUGGUAAAAGGUGUUGAUAAGAGUACAGAUCGUAUAAUAGUCGCAAAGAUUUUGGAAUUGAAAACGGAAACGGAGAAACAAGUGAACAGGGAGUUUGAAGCUCUUCGUUCAUUGAGACACGAGAGGAUAGCGAUGCUCGAGGCGGCAUACAAAGCGCAAGGUUCUCCAAUCGCAGUCUUCAUCUUAGAAAAACUUCAGGGUGCUGACAUUCUUACGUAUUUCUCAAGCAGACACGAAUACACGGAAAAUUGUGUAGCCGUUGCUAUUACACAGAUCCUAGACGGUUUGCAAUACCUUCAUUGGCGAGGAUAUAGUCAUCUUGAUAUUCAACCUGAUAAUAUAGUGAUGUCCAAUGUUAGAUCUGUCCAAGUCAAAUUAGUUGAUAUGGGUUCUGCCCGACUUGUUAGUAAAUUGGGCACAUUAGUACCAAAGGCUGGUCAUCCAGAAUAUAGAGCACCGGAAGUGUACAAUGAGGAACCGGCUCAUCCUCAGACAGACAUUUGGAUGGUUGGUGUACUAAUGUACAUACUCCUUUCCGGUAUUUCACCGUUCCGUGGUAAAGAUCCCGAUGAAACUAGACAAAAUAUCCUAUUUGUGAGAUAUCGAUUUGAAUAUUUAUAUAAAGAAUUGAGUCAAGAGGCAACCAGAUUCCUUAUGUUGGUAUUUAAACGAGCACCCAGUAAAAGACCAUUGGUAGAAGAGUGUCAUGAACACAGGUGGCUGCAACCAUCAGAUUUUAUGAUUAAAAAACGCGAAAGAGCCGUAUUUUUAGGUAACAGACUGAAAGAAUAUAACGAACAAUAUCACGAAGAAAAAUCAAAUAUAGCAUCUCAAAACCAAAGCCUAGCAAGUGAAAGUCUGUUAGGUUCCUCUCAAAAACUUAUUAGAUCGAAUAGCAUACAAGAAGAACUGCUCACCACGUUUUAACAAAUAACUUAUUACUAAAUAUGAUUUUCCAAUUCUCUUUACGUGACUGUAAAAUGCACGCAUCUAGUCAGAAAGAAUAAUUAAAAAUAAGAAAGAGGAGAGUAUCGAAAUAUAAGAAUCUUCUUUCCUUGUUCUCUUUUUUGUUAUUAUUUAUUUGUUACGUUUAAUUAUUUUAACGAAAUAUUACCGUCUGCUCAUAUGAUACUAGAAAGAUCUACGAGUAAGAAAAAAAAUCGAUUAAUAUUAGAAUAUAACGUAAGAUAAAUCACGUUUCAAUAAAUCAAGGUACAAAUCAAAUUCUUUAAAAUUGUACAAAAAUGAUAAUUAUAUUCUAAUAAAAUCACCAAUAAAUAUUAAAAAAUUUAAAAAA